AUGAAGGCGCUUGAACCAAGCCCGAGGAGUUUCCAGCGGCAGAAGCAGUACGCUCAGAGGACGUCGACAUUUUGCGUUGAAUCGCCGGCAAAAGAGGGUCCAACGAGGGACCAACACUACUACAGAAUUAGAAAUAUAAGUAGUGUUUUCCACUACACCUUUAAGGUGAAGACGGGAGCCUCGGAUUCCCACUCAACACUUAACCCUUCGUAUACUCGAUCUGAUCUCACACUUCGAAAUACACAAGCCAGAUCGGAUCUCACACUUCGAUUUCCUCCGUCUGCCGCGCUCACCGCCCGCCACGCCGUCCGGCUCUCCACCUCGCCGCCUCCGGUAGCGUCUGAUCCCCUCGCCUCCCUCUGCAGACAACUGCGACGGCCAACGCCUCCUCGCUCGACGGCCAACAGCAGCUGCCUUCGCCGCCUAGCCGCCUGCCGUUUGGCUGCUUCACCGCUCGCCGCCAACCAUCACAGCAUCGUCGACGAUUGGCUAGGGCUAAUGGUGAACCCUCCUAAAGCUAGAGAUAUCGCUUAUGAUCUAUUUGUUAGGGAAAGGUAUAGGUGCUACCAAUGAAGUCUAUGUGAAUGAAUAUUGAACUUUUAAGCUUUAUUUGAGUCUCUGAAG